GCGUGCGCAGUGGCGCGGCCGGCGCUCAGCUGGGCAGUGUUUACAGCCCCGAGCGCGCCGGCCUGGGGUGAGCCGAGCGGAGCCGAGUGGAGCCGAACCGAGCCGAGUGGAGCCGAACCGGACCGAAAAGAGCCGAACCGAACCGAAAAGACCCGAACCGAACCGAACCUAACGGAGCCGAACCAACGGAGUCGAGCGGAGCCGAACCGAACCGAACGGAGCCGAGCGGAGCCGAACCGCGGCCGCUCAGUGUCUACAGGAGACUGCUGAAGAUGGGAGGCGCAGUGAGUGCGGGAGAAGAUAACGAUGAAUUAAUUGAUAACCUGAAGGAAGCACAGUACAUCAGGACAGAACUGGUGGAACAGGCCUUCCGAGCCAUUGAUCGAGCAGAUUACUACCUGGAAGAGUUCAAAGACAAUGCCUACAAGGACUUGGCAUGGAAGCAUGGGAAUAUUCAUCUCUCAGCACCGUGCAUUUACUCUGAGGUGAUGGAAGCUUUGGAUCUGCAACCAGGGCUGUCAUUUCUGAACCUUGGCAGUGGCACUGGUUAUCUGAGUUCUAUGGUUGGACUCAUCUUGGGUCCCUUUGGCGUUAACCACGGUGUGGAGCUUCACUCGGACGUGAUCGAAUACGCGAAGCAGAAAUUGGACUUCUUCAUUAAAACGAGCGACAGCUUCGACAAGUUUGAAUUUUGUGAGCCAUCCUUUGUUACUGGCAAUUGUUUAGAGAUUUCCCCGGACUGCACUCAGUAUGACCGUGUUUACUGUGGUGCUGGAGUACAGAAGGAACACGAGGACUACAUGAAGAACCUCUUGAAAGUUGGGGGAAUUCUUGUCAUGCCUCUGGAAGAGAAGUUGACUAAGAUAACUCGUACUGGUCCUUCUGCCUGGGAGACCAAGAAGAUUCUUGCUGUUUCUUUUGCUCCUUUGAUUCAGCCAAACCACGCAGAUUCAGGAAAAUCAAGGCUUGUUCACUUGCCCCCCGUGGCCGUUCGCAGCCUGCAGGACCUGGCUCGCAUCGCCAUCCGAGGAACCAUUAAGAAAAUAAUUCAUCAGGAAACGAUGAGCAAAAAUGGGAACGGGCUGAAGAACCCCCCGAGGUUUAAACGGAGGCGUGUCCGUCGCCGGCGCAUGGAGACCAUUGUUUUCUUGGACAAAGAGGUCUUCGCCAGCCGGAUCUCCAGCCCGUCAGAUGAUAACAACAACAGCGAGGACAUCGAGGAGGAGAGGCAGGAAGAGGAAGAAACCAAACCCUCUGAACUAAAGCCAGACCCUCCUGUGAACUUUUUGAGAGAAAAGGUCUUGAGUCUGCCUUUGCCCGAUCCCUUGAAGUAUUACUUGCUUUAUUACAGGGAGAAGUAGUUUCCUUCUUCUAGAAGAGUGGGAAUUAGGCAGAAAAUAAAGUACUUCUUAGGGCUUGACAAAUGUACACCACUUGCUUGCCUGCAAAUGUGACCACGCAAGGCAGUAGGCUGGGGAAUGUGGCUGCUGUAAACUUCAACAUUUAUAGCUUUUUUGAGUUUCUUUGUCCUUCUCAGUUGUGUGCUAUAGUUUUAUCCUACAGCAGGGAUUCCUUAGGAAGCAAGUCGGUGAAAUGCUCAGCUGCUUGUGGAAAGGAGGAUUUAAUUCCCUUGAAACUAACUGCACAGAGAUACACUCUAAAAAUUUCAUGGCUUCUCUACUGAAUGUCAAGUUUUGAAAAACUCUUAAGCAGUUCCCCAAAGACCUUUCCUGUCUGUGCUCUCUCCCACUAAACCUGCCAUGGGUUUGCCAUGGUGUGUGUUUAAUGGAUGGUUAAGAUUAUUAGUAAAACCUGACCUGGCCAAUCUAGUUUCUUCCAGUAAUCUGAAAAAGCACAACUUUUACAGAGAGGAAAGAAAUUUUUGGCAUUACCCUUGUGGCAUCCAGGUUUUGAAUGAGAAGGAAAGCAUCAGCUCCACUUUGGUUGCUCUGUUUUGCUUAUAAACUCUAUAUAAUUUUUCAGUAAAAAGUAAAAGUGUUUUACAGAAUACUGGUUUUCUUAAUGGGAACCACCUGUUCUAGUGAAUGAGUUGUUGGGGUUUUUUUGUGGGUUUUUUAAUUUUUUUAAAGCGAUGGAGGCAAAGUGAGGAAUUGCAAAGCUUGCUUGACUUUGACAGGUUGCAGGGGUUGUCAGAGCUGGGACUGUGAUCUCUGGAAAUGUUUACAGAGUAAUUCUGAAUGGGGAAGAGGGUAGAGAGGAGCUGCAGAGCAGUGAGUUUGUGAAAACUGACUGUGAAAGCAGAAUCUGUGGGGUUUUGCUCUCAUGUGAGAUAACUGUGAUCAUCUGGGCUGAACAGAGUGAAGUGCAGAGCGCCAGCCUGAGAGGUAAAUCAGCCCAAUAUAGUUUUCUGGAGGGUGUCUAGAACCUGGAAACAGUGUGGAAAGCCAGACUGGUGCAGUUUUUAGGUGUUCUGUGUGUGCCCCUGCUGUGGCAAGGUGAGCUGACUGGAAUACAACUCGUGCACACGAGUUCCACAUAUGGUGUGUGCAACCAGGUUGCUCAGCUUGGUGCGUUAUUUCAUUCCUGCAGCAACGAAGAUGUGUUUUAACAGGCUCACGUGGAAGGACUUGACACUGCAGUUCUGUGGAUGUGAGCUCUGAUUUUUAUUUGCAAGUCUUCCUGUUGUGGUGGUGGGAGGAGAUACCGUGGAAUUAUAGAAUCACAGAAUGGUUUGGGUUGGGAGGGACCUUGAAGACCAUCUCGUUCCAACCCCCUGCCGUGGUCAGGGACACCUUCCACUAGACCAGGUUACUCAGAUCCCCGUCCAGCCUGGCCUUGAAUAGUUCCAGGGAUGGGGAGUCCACAGUGUCUGUGGCCAAAAAGUACCAUGUUUAGAAGAGUUUUACUUGGUUCAGCCUGUUUGAAAAAUCUGCCUAAACUGGUAAAGGCUGGAAAGAAACUUGAGUUUGUGUUGAUGUGAAAUACUCCUAAAGCUGGGGGGGAUGAAAGGCCCCCUCUCAGUAGGUGGUGCAGCUGUGUUAAGGCAUUGCCCCAUCUGAAGCACUUGGUAUCACUUUGGUAUCUUUUUUUUUUUUGUGUCUGUGUGCUGUCUCCUCAUUCUCUGAGGAGCAAUGAAAGAAAGACUGUCUUGCCAAAAAUACGCCGGGUUUUCGGUUAAUGGUCCCGAGUUGCACAACUUGCUUCAUGAUAAAUAGUCUGUCAAAGUUCUGUGUGGCUUUGAAAAUAAAUGGACAACUCUUGUAUGCCUGAGCCCGAAGUGAAGAACUCUUCCUUGCUUCACGGGAGUUCUGUGUAUCUUUGACAGUAUCAUCUCCUAAUACUGUUAUCAUGUGCCUGCGGGCACAUAACACAGGCACAGGCUGUGUUUUGCCUCUGGUUUCCUAAGUCUCCACUUCUGGUCUAAAUGGCACCCCAAAUUAGCUUGCUCCCUCGGGUUUUUAUUUCUCUAAUUUAAGUGGGGCAGUUCUGUGGCCACUGAGCUGAUGGUUUCCUGUAAACGUGCACGUACCCACCGUGUAAUUCUGACAACUGCAAUGGAUUUCUUCCCACAGAUGAAUAUCCUGAAUAUGGUGGCAAAGAGAGGCUUAAUCUACGUGUCAUUAUUCUCUGUGCUCCCCCAAAGGCUGUGGCCUCUGUAUUUGUUAGAUGUUUCUGCUUAAUAGGUGUCAUACCAGGUGCCUUUGUGUAUUAUGGCACAAUUUCCACACCUCUCUGUAGUUCAGGGUGCCUCCUGCUUUUGGCUACCAGGUCAUCCUUUGGUUUAAUUAUUAAACUUUUAAAAGAGUUUCUUUAAAAAUGACAUUAAACUUCAGGUUCUUACUAGUAAGCCUUCCUGAGAUUCUGUUAGAGCUGACCAGUUGAGGGAGAAUUAUCUUUCAUUUAUCCCUGUUUGAUUUUUAUUCCUCAUCCCAGCUGCAGUUGUAAAAGAUAAUUUAUUGGAUUUUUCACCAGAUUUGCCUUUUUUAUUACAUUUGCUAGAUUUUUGUAGCUUUCUAUAAGAUGCAUAAAUACUGCUAUUUUUUUCCUGGAUGAAGUUGAAUAAAUAAAUAUAUAUAUACAGGAAAUUUAUGUUCUAAGUUGUCAAAUUGUCCCCUUGUCCAAAAAAACCCACAGGUCCAAACAAACACAUAGUAGAAAUUUUAUGUGUAAUAUAACUGUGAAAUAGUAUUGCUAAUAGCCUGUAAAUAAGGGGGAACUGUAAAUACAUUUUCCCUGUGCACAAGCACUUGCACUGUAGUUUUGUAGGCAUUUCUAGUAGAGGAAUUGUAUUAGAGCUGAGUUUGUAUGGUCUGUAAACUGUCUAGGACUUGUACCUGCUUUGUUUCCUUUUGUGUUCUAAGUAGUCAUCACUUUUAUUGUGACUCCUUUUAGGUUUCAGUCCUGCAGUAAAUUUGGAAAAGAACUGAACUUCAGGCUGCUUUAAUCAUGAGUGUGUAAGUUGAAAAAUCUCUGUAUUGAAACUAGAGUUAAAUUGGCCUGAGGCAUGCAGAAGUGUUACACAAUUUAAACUUUAUUAAUAAGUGUUUCUGUAUCAAUAAAUUCAGUAAAGACUUUUUAGCCUUCUUAACAUGGCUUUGCAUCAUGUUGUGAUUAGAAUACUUUGUAGGUAAGUACUUAUUUCCAUAAUUGAAGGGUAAAACACUAGAACACUAGAAAAAACGUUUGGUGCAGGUGCAUAGUUUUAGACGAACUCCUCAGAAUAUAAUCUCAAAAGAAACCUGCCCAGCUGAUGAGUUCCAAACCUUUAUGUAAUGCAGUUGUGCAAGACGAUUUUUGGAAUCAGCACACACACAACUGAUCUGGACUUAGUGUAUAUCAGAACAGUUAAAGAGUGAAUUCACUUACCUGGCUGAUCAACCUGUGGACAACAGAUACCUAGAGUUGAUUCAGCUGAUUUCUGUACUACAAGGAAUUGCCUAAACCAAACAUGUCAGGAGUUUAUUCCAUGGUUCUGACCUGCAGCUCCCCUCUUGUCCCCUGGGCUCUGCUUCAGUGCUUAAUUAAUGCAGAUUUUUGAGAGGUGUGUUCAAGGCUUUCAUUUCUCUGGUACUGAGGAUAAUAUUUUGGCUUCAGCUGUGGUAGGCAACUGAUCAUAACAGCAAAUACAGCUGUUACUAAUUAAAUGGAUCUGUUAACCUUUAUUCCAUAGGAUAAUUGCCUGUCUGUGUGUUUCUUCUUGUCAUCUGUGUGUAUGAUAAAUGUCCUUUUACCAGCUAUAACAGGAGAUUAGUUCAGCGUUAAUGUUUUCCUUCACGUGAUGCUUGCUGAAACAAAAUCCUUUUCUGCUUUGGAAAGCUGUGGAUGUGUCAUGGAAAUGGUAUUGAGGAAAUUAAAUUUGUCAGAUAA